CUUGCGCCUUCUCUCCCGUUACAAGAAGAUUUCGUUUACCACUGGAAGGCAAUCACCCAUUACUACAUAGAGACAUCAGAUGACAAAGCUCCUGUGACUGAUACCAACAUUCCUUCUCAUCUGGAACAGAUGCUGGAUAUUCUAGUUCAAGAAGAAAAUGAGAGGGAAUCAGGUGAAACAGGACCAUGUAUGGAGUAUUUGCUGCAUCACAAGAUUUUGGAGACACUCUACACACUAGGAAAAGCUGAUUGUCCUCCAGGAAUGAAACAACAAGUUUUGGCUUUUUAUACAAAACUUCUUGGAAGAAUACGGCAACCUCUUCUUCCCCACAUAAAUGUGCAUAGGCCAGUGCAGAAAUUAAUUAGGCUGUGUGGUGAAGUUCUGGCAACACCAACAGAAAAUGAAGAAAUUCAGUUUCUCUGUAUAGUAUGUGCAAAGCUGAAACAGGAUCCAUACCUGGUCAACUUCUUCCUCGAGAGUAAGUUAAAAGUGAUGGCUUCCAAGGGAUCGGCGAGUGUAAUCACAGAAGACCUGCUGAAAGGCCAAGACUCUUUGGCAGCGGACACGGGACAGCCCGUUCUGCCGGACGAGAUACCUGGUGCCUCUGGAGUGGAGCCGAUGGAGAGGGGAGAUGACCUCCUGCAACAGGCAGAUGAUCUCUCUUUCAGUCUGGAUGAACUCAACGUCACAUCAUCACCCGAGUCCUCUAGUGUUUCUCCAAAUCAAGACUAUAAUUUAGUAAAUUCUCUACUAAACCUCACUAAAAGCCCUGACGGCCGGAUAGCAGUGAAGGCCUGUGAAGGCCUCAUGCUUUUGGUGAGUUUGCCAGAACCAGCAGCUGCCAAGUGCCUGACUCAAAGCACUUGUUUAUGUGAAUUGUUGACAGACAGGCUGGCCACCCUCUACAAAGCCCUGCCUCAGUCACUGGAUCCCUUAGACAUUGAAACAGUGGAGGCAAUUAACUGGGGUUUGGAUUCCUAUAGCCACAAAGAAGAUGCAUCUGCUUUUCCAGGGAAAAGAGCGUUAAUUUCGUUUCUUUCGUGGUUUGACUACUGUGAUCAACUCAUCAAAGAAGCACAAAAGACUGCUGCCGUUGCUAUGGCAAAAGCUGUGCGGGAACGAUUUUUCAUUGAUGUUAUGGAACCCCAGCUGAUGCAAACUUCAGAGAUUGGAAUCCUCACAUCGACUGCACUGUUGCAUCGCAUUGUUCGUCAAGUAACUUCAGAUGUCCUGCUGCAGGAAGUGGUUUAUUUUAUACUUGGAGAACACAGAGAGCCAGAAACUUUGUCAGACAUCAACAGACAUCUGUUGCGACACAGGUUGAUUGAACACUGUGAUCAUAUUUCUGACGAGAUCAGCAUAAUGACUUUACGAAUGUUUGAGCACCUUCUGCAAAAACCCAGUGAGCACAUUCUUUAUAAUUUGGUUCUGAGAAAUUUAGAAGAAAGAAACUACAUGGAAUAUAAGCCUCUCUGUCAAGAAGAUAAAGAUGUGGUAGAGAACGGACAGAUCCCAGGAGCAGUAGACCUGGAGGAAGAUCCGUUAUUUACUGAUCUGUCUCCAGAUAACACGUUGUCAGCUCAAGAGUGGCUCAGUGCUUCUCCACCUGUCAGUCCAGAACAUCCAAAAAAUGAUGGGAAGACUGAAGUUCAUAAAAUUGUAAAUAGUUUUCUCUGUCUUGUACCUGAUGAAGCCAAGUCAUCAUAUCAUGUGGAGGGUACAGGCUAUGAUACUUACCUCAGAGAUGCCCACAGACAAUUCCGGGAUUAUUGUGUCAUCUGCUUACGGUGGGAGUGGCCCGGAUCUCCCAGAUCUUUGGAAAAGUGCAAUUUAGAAGCAUCAUUUUUUGAAGGGCACUUCUUGAAAGUCCUCUUUGACAGAAUGGGCAGGAUUCUUGAUCAGCCCUAUGAUGUAAAUUUACAAGUUACGUCAGUGUUGUCCAAACUGUCCUUGUUUCCUCAUCCUCAUAUACAUGAAUACCUUUUGGAUCCCUAUGUGAACCUGGCUUCUGGCUGCAGGUCUCUCUUCUCUGUUAUUGUCAGGGUCGUUGGGGACCUCAUGGUUAGAAUUCAGCGCAUCCCAGAUUUCACUCCCAAGCUUCUGCUGGUCAGAAAACGCCUGCUGGGCUUGGAGCCCGAAGGGCCCAUCAUUGACCACAUGACGUUACUAGAGGGCGUGAUUGUGCUGGAAGAAUUCUGCAAAGAGCUGGCAGCAAUUGCAUUUGUGAAGUAUCAUGCCUCAUCUACACCAUAA